AUGGAGUCUUCGGGCUCUAUGGAAGAAAGUCCUUGGUCGUCAAUGGAUGGAAAUGACUUGAUGAAUGACUCUAUAGAUGAAGCGUUAUUCGAACAAACUAUUGGAAGUAACGGUAAUUGAACUAUAAUGGAAUCGUUUACGAUGAAGCGGUUUUACUUGCAUUUACAAACAAAUGUAUGGGAAUGUGCAUAAAAAGUCUGCAUUUAAGAAAUGUAACUUGCAGUGUUUUACUGCAACGAAGGAAAAAUUAUAAUAUACGGACCUCUGAGAAAACAAAAACAAACUUAUAAUUUGGGGGUAAAUUUCUUUUAGAUGAUAUGACCGAGUGGUCCGCUAGCCAGGGCGAUGAGCUCAUGACAAGUAGCCAAGAAGAGGCGCUGUUUAAUCGAGGCGCGUAGGUCGGAACAACAAGGAGGAAACCCCUUAUUUGGUGUAGAUGUAGAGAGGGUUGGGGCUCCACGACGGUGGGGUGAUGGAACUGUGGAGCAGGAACGAAUGCGGUUGACACUUCGGCAACUGAGAGUGCCCGAGGACGAUUUGUUGGGGGAGGCCAUUGCUGAGGCGUUUAGACAAGGUUACCAUGAUGUGGUACGUGAACGGGGUUAUGUGCCUGCUGAUUAUUCGAUGCAAUUUGCGGUUCAUCACAGCAGUGGUAAUCAUUUGUGGACUCGAAGUCCCAAUAUUCCACUGACAGAUUGGCUUGAUAAUAACCAGAGGUCUCGAUAAUGGUUGGAGAAGCUGGCGAAACAGGUGAAUUCAGCUGAGGAUUUGGAUGCCACCGAGGGUGAAUUUUAUGUAGAGGUGACAUUUAUUAAAAGUUCUGGAUGUGGUGGAAAGAAUGGUGGGAAGAAGGAUAAUCCUGGGUGGAUGUCGUAUGAAAAGUUGCUGAAGAAAAGAGGUUGCAUUAUUCAGAUCAAGAACAAGGAUGAACUGUGUUGUGCUCGUGCAAUAGUGACCCUCAAAGCCACAGUGGAUAAGCACCCUGAGUAUCGAAACAUCACGCAAGGUCGUGGUGUGCAAGGGUUUUUAUCUGGAAAAUUACAUCGCGAAGCAGGUGUUGUGGAAGGUCCGAGUUAA